AACAUUUAUUCUUUUUGUAUGGUACCAUGAAAAUUGACGAGGUCAAUCAUCAUUACAUAGCCAAUGGUAAGGGUAAUGGCUCCUAUAGAUAUAUAGGUCGGGCCAAAACUGCAGACAAAUGGCCACUAUUGGUACUAACAAAAUAUCGUAUGCCAUGUUUGCUAUACAAACAAAAUAUUGGCAAGCAAAUCUACGGUGACGUGUUGUGCACGUGCGACAAAUUGCGCGAUCAUCUCGAUUACAUGGAAUCGUUGCCCGGAUUUUUCAAAUACGACAGAUACGAAAUACCGGUGCUGUUAGAUGAUGGCACCGUACAUAUGGCCUGGACUUACUUUAUUAGCGAUUUCAAACAGGAACUCCUGGAGUUGGAUACUAUAGACAACUAUAAUAGUGAACAACAGGGAUAUGUUAAAGAUUGUGAAUUUGAUAUUUCAAUGGAUUAUAAUCCCAGUGACGAUAUUGCCGGUAGACUUAAUAACAUAUCUGGUUUAUAA